GACGUCACGCGUGUUCGUCAGAGGAGAACCUGUAACAGGAAAAAAAAAGAAAAAAAAGAAAUCCGCGCAAGAAAUCUCACGCUUUGCCACCCAGCGACUCCUCAAGGAUCAGAGUUGGAGUUUGUGCACGAUCUUCAGCGCUCGCGUCUGUGCAUUUGACUGAUGUCCUCUGAUGCACGGGGACAGGACUGUGAACGCGGAGGUUGUGCUUUUGUUUAGUUAGUUUUUUGUUUUUAUCACAGCACUGAGAUCAGGAGAGCAGCGCAGAAGUUUCCACUCCUCUACAGGAAUGUCCCACAAGGAGAGACCGACUUUCUAUCGACAGGAGCUCAAUAAGACCAUAUGGGAGGUGCCGGAGCGGUACCAGAGUUUAUCGCCCGUGGGCUCUGGAGCUUAUGGAUCCGUAUGCUCCGCGUUAGACUCAAAGUCAGGCCUGAGGGUCGCAGUCAAGAAGCUGUCCCGGCCCUUCCAGUCCAUCAUCCACGCCAAGCGCACAUACAGAGAACUGCGGCUGCUGAAACACAUGAAACAUGAGAAUGUAAUUGGGCUUCUAGAUGUUUUCUCGCCCGCUACCAGUCUAGAAGAAUUCAAUGACGUGUAUCUGGUGACUCACCUGAUGGGAGCAGACCUCAACAAUAUUGUCAAGUGCCAGAAGCUGACAGAUGACCACGUCCAGUUCCUCAUUUAUCAAAUCCUACGAGGAUUAAAGUACAUUCACUCAGCAGACAUCAUCCACAGAGAUCUUAAACCCAGUAACUUGGCUGUAAAUGAAGACUGUGAACUUAAGAUUUUGGACUUUGGUCUGGCCCGGCUGACUGACGAUGAGAUGACGGGAUAUGUUGCCACCCGAUGGUACCGUGCCCCAGAGAUCAUGCUCAACUGGAUGCACUACAACAUGACAGUGGACAUCUGGUCGGUGGGCUGCAUAAUGGCUGAGCUCCUCACAGGACGGACCCUGUUUCCCGGCACUGAUCAUAUUGAUCAGUUGAAGCUUAUCUUGAUGCUCGUCGGAACCCCAGGGCCAGAGCUCUUGAUGAAAAUCUCUUCGGAGUCUGCAAGGAACUACAUCAAUUCCCUUCCUCAUAUGCCCAAAAGGAACUUCGCAGAUGUGUUUAUUGGUGCAAAUCCAUUAGCUGUGGACCUGCUGGAGAAGAUGCUGGUUCUAGACACAGAUAAACGGAUCACUGCGUCACAGGCUCUCGCGCACCCGUACUUUGCCCAGUAUCACGACCCAGAUGACGAGCCCGAGGCAGAGCCGUACGACCAGAGCUUCGAGAGUCGCGAUCUAGAGAUCGACGAGUGGAAACGACUCACGUACGAGGAAGUGGUCAGCUUCGAGCCUCCCAUGUUCGACGGAGAUGAGAUGGAGUCAUGAGGAGAAUCAGGACCUACAGGACCUUCAUCCGUACAGGAAAAUGACAUUCAAGUGCCUGCCAUCAUCAAGUGCUGGCUUCCCCGUGUUCUUAUCCAUGCCUUCAUACACGCUCUGUCAAAAUAAGAGAAAAAAACAUGCAAUCUUUCCAAAAGGACACAGAGAAUGUAAUGUUUUAAUCCCCAGUAAAAUGGACUACUUUUUUGGCCAGAACACUUACAAUUAGAGAAAACUGCACAUUCUCAUAUCAAAUUCAUAUCAGCUUUGUAAACUCACAGUUGCAUUUAUUAUUCUAUCUCUGGGGAAGUGAAACAUUUACCUCCAAACUCCGCUUGUAGCCUAUACAAUAUAUAAAGGCCAGAAAAACUCUGUACUGUCAGAAUACUAAGUUUUAGGUAUGUAAAUAAAAAUGGCACAGCUGUACAUAAAUGAUAAUAAUGUGCACCAACAGUUUUAUUUAGUAUUUGCAGCAAAGCACAGAAUGUGACCUGCAUUAUAAAUAGCAAAUGAACGAACUAAAGAGUGAAUCCGAACACCUAAAGAGAAUGUAAUUACUAUUUAGUGCUGUGUGUCGAAUGUAAACAGAAGAGUGUUCAGCUGCAUCAAUAACAGAUGACAGGAACAGUGAUAAAUAUGAAUACAUGCAGACAUGCUUGUUCUGAAAUGCAUACUGGAAAAUAUUUAGAAAAAAACACACAUGUGGUGCUCAGUGCGAAUGUGAAAUUCCUCACGAUUUUUUACAUUACAAAUGUCAUGAAUCCUCUAGAACAUGUCAACCCAGAAUCAGAAGAAAAAAAUGUUAAAUAUAUAAAAAAACAGGCUAUUUUGAGAGCCAUUAUAUUAUUAAUAUAUAUUAUUACCGUAAUGCAAAAAUUUUCCCAAUUUUCAUUGCUGUAAUGCAGAGAAAAAAUUGUGAUUUAUUAUUUCAAUGGUAUUUUUUUUUUUUUUUGUCCAUCAUGAUAUUUGUUAUAAUGCUUUUAUUUAAUAAAAUGAAAAAAUCCUGUAAUACUGUAUUACAGUAAUGAGACCCGGCAUUGAGAAUAAUGUUUUUUUUUUUUUUUUUUUUAAAUCACGAAAAUCAUGUCAGAAUGCAAAAGGUUUUAAAAAUAUGCUUCCUUUUUAUAUAUUAAAAAUGUAUUUUAAUUUUAUUUUUGGGUGAAAUGUGAUUUGGACAUGUUUUUGACUGGUUUUGUGCAAUCCAUCCUUUUUAUCAGCCUGAUUUUUUCCCAGAGUUAACGCCAUGUUAAAGGGCAGCUGAUCCUCUGGCUAGACUAGAGCGUAGUUUCUCCCCUCAUUCUUUCACCGCCAUUUCAUUAAUUUAUUAUUUGUGUAAAUUGAGAGAAAUGGAUUUAAAAGGGGAUGAGGGUGUUAACAGUAAGUGUAUGUCAACAGGAAAAACUCUACCAGCGAGAGACAGUUGCUUCAUGGUCCACAAUAAAAUAAUUCCCCUUUAUUUUUGCUUGCCCUGGGAAAGACAUACAGUACAGCCCGGAAGUUCAUGUUUGCAAAAAUGAAAAAACCUGAGCCAAUACUCUGCUAUUCCAUUGAGUGCGAUGAUCUUAAUUUAACAGCCCAGACUAGAAGACUGUCAUCAGGAAUGUUUUCUCAAGCGUUAACUUAUUGUAUAAGAUUAUUUUUAAGGUGUUUUCUUUUUCACUGUAUAUUAUCACUUAAUUUUAUUCAGCAAUAUUUCCUCUGUUGAGCAUGUGUUGUUAUAUGUGAGGGGCGUGUGUUUGUUUCUGAAGAGUGGAGAAUCAAGCAGCAAAAUCCAUUAAACGUCGCAUGGAACCGUUUUACAUAGAAAAGAGAUCAUUGUAUCACUUUUUUGUGCAUAUAACCAGUUUUUCUUUAGUCACCCAUAAGUUAUGUGGUCUGUGAACAACCACUGCUAUUCAGAAAUAAAGGCAAAUAUUUUUCACAGCA